AUGGUUAAGUCUUAUCAGCGGUUCGAGCAGAACUCUGUAUUUGGUGUUAUUGCUAGCAAUACAAACUCUGUAUGGAUUGCACCCGAGAAUAAGACCUCAUCUGGACAAAUAUUGACAGGUGCUCUGGAAAAUGUCAAUCAUUGGGAUAUCAAGACGGGGGAAUUACUCGGGACGCUAUCAGAUGGUUUACCACCAGGUGCUGCUGACGCAAAGUCCACAAAGCCUGCUGAAUCUACGUACAUGAAAUACCAUUCAGAUACCAACCUUUUGGCCGUGGGAUAUGCAGACGGUGUUAUCAAAGUAUGGGACUUAAUCUCAAGGUCUGUUUUGAUGAACUUAAAUGGGCAUAGAUCAGCGAUUACCGUUUUAAAGUUUGAUAGUACUGGUACUAGGCUCAUUUCUGGUUCAAGAGACUCAGACAUAAUUGUAUGGGAUUUGGUAGGCGAGGUGGGACUCUACAAACUGCGGUCCCACAAGGAUUCCAUAACAGGACUGUGGUGUGAAGGAGAGGAAUGGUUGAUCAGUAGCUCAAAAGAUGGUUUAAUUAAGAUUUGGGAUUUGAAAACCCAACAGUGCGUAGAAACACACAUGGCACAUGUAGGGGAAUGCUGGAGCUUCGGUGUGCAUAACGAUCUAUUAAUCACAACAAGUGCCGAAACUCAAAUAAAGAUUUGGCAAUUAGACUAUGAAAGGCAAGCUGGCUCUAAACUGCUAGAGAAGGGUACUUACGACAAGCAAAGCAAACAAAGAGGUGUGUCAGUCGAAUUCACCACUACUAGCGACGGUGUUGCAUUUUUUUUCAUCCAGAACGCCGAUAGAACAACAGAAAUAUUCAGAGUUAGAACUCAAGAAGAGAUAUCGAAAGCCAUCAAGAAGAGAGAAAAAAGAUUAGCCGAGAAAGGGAUGACCAAAGAGGAAAUCCAAGAGAAUAUCGAAAAAUCCCAUGUCGCUUUCAUAAUGCAUUCAUUCCAAACUCUCAGAUCUAUGUUUAAGAUUAGAUCAGUCUGUUGGGCUAUAACAACACCCUCGAAAUUAGAAUUAGUUGUUACUACUUCCAGUAAUACUAUUGAGUACUACUCAAUCCCUUAUCAGAAGAGAGAUCCUCUUCAUCCUGCCCCAAUCAAGCUAUACACCAUAGAUCUCCCAGGUCACAGAACAGACGUCAGAAGUAUUGAUAUCAGCGAUGAUAACAAGCUAUUAGCAACUUCUUCCAACGGAACGUUGAAAAUCUGGAAUACAAAGACUCACAACUGCAUUCGGACUUUCGAGUGUGGUUAUGCGUUAACUUGUAAAUUUCUGCCAGGCGGCACAUUAGUCAUCUUAGGUACAAGGGCAGGUGAGCUUCAGCUAUUUGAUCUCGCCUCUUCAACCAUGCUUGAGAACAAAGAAGGCGCCCAUGAUGGUGCCAUUUGGUCGCUUGAUCUUACAAGUGAUGGAAAAAGACUGGUCACAGGAUCGGCGGACAAAACUGUAAGAUUUUGGGAUUUCCAAAUUGAGAAAGAAUUAGUUCCGGGGACCGUCGAUAAAUUCGUUCCAAAGCUUAAGGUUUUCCAUGACACUACUUUGGAAUUGGAUGAUGAUAUCUUGGCAGUAAAAAUAUCUCCUGAUGACAAGUUUCUGGCAGUCUCUCUUUUGGAUAAUACAGUCAAAGUUUUUUUUCUGGACUCAAUGAAGUUCUUCUUGAGUUUGUAUGGGCAUAAGCUGCCAGUAUUAUCAGUGGACAUUUCGUUUGACUCUAAACUGCUUAUCACAUCAUCAGCGGAUAAAAACAUAAAGGUGUGGGGUCUUGAUUUCGGUGAUUGUCACAAAUCCUUGUUCGCCCACAAUGAUUCUAUCAUGAAUGUCAAGUUUUUACCUGAGUCGCACAAUUUCUUUAGUUGCAGCAAGGAUGGAUUUGUUAAGUAUUGGGAUGGUGAUAAAUUUGAGUGUAUUCAAAAGCUUGCUGCUCAUCAAAGUGAAGUUUGGUCACUAGCUAUCUCAAAUGAUUCCGGAUUUGUAAUUUCCACAUCUCAUGACCAUAGUAUUAGAAUUUGGGAAGAAACAGAGGACCAAGUAUUCCUAGAAGAAGAAAGAGAAAAGGAAAUGGAUGAACAGUAUGAAAAUACCUUGUUAAACUCUUUAGAGGAUACAGAGGAAAAUCUAAAUCACGCAGAUUCCGAUGAGAACGCCGAUGAAGAUGUCGACAAGGCUUUAGAAGUCCACAAACAAACUGUAGAAUCUUUGAAGGCAAGUGAGAAACUUAUGGAUGCUCUUGACCUGGGUAUGACAGAAAUUGAAAACCUUGAAAAAUAUGAUCUGGAGUUCAAACAAUGGCAGAAAAAGCGUUCAAACGAACCUCCAGUUAAACCUCAAGCUAAUGGUGUACUUGUUGCCAUGAAUAAAACUCCGGUCGAGUAUAUUAUGGAAAUACUAGUAAGAAUCAAACCUUCCCAACUCGAGGAUGCUCUGCUGGUUCUCCCUUUUUCCUACGUGCUGAAAUUCCUCAGAUUCAUUGAUUUGGUCAUCAAAGAUCAAAACAUAGCCAGUAAUCACUUACCGCUAAUUUGCCGCAACUUGUUUUUCCUUAUCAAAUCCAAUCAUAAUGAAUUGGUGUCGCAGAAAAACGAGGAACUUAAGAUGCAGAUCGAUAGAGUAAAAAUUGCACUUCGAAAUGCUCUAAAGUCCAAGGCAGAUGACUUGGGCUUUAACAUUCAAGGUCUCAAGUUCAUCAAACAACAAUGGAACAUGAAACACAGCUAUGAAUUCGUUGAUGAAUAUGACCAAAAAAUGCAACAAGAAAAGCUUGCCAAAAAAAGAGUUUUCGAAACUCUGUCGUGA